AUGAGUGGAAAACAGAAAGAUACAGCGUGGAUUCAAAAUCUAAAAAAACAAGGAAUCAUCGAAGAGUUAGAGAAGAGAGGAGAAACCUUCAAACAAACAGAUACCUACAAAAAUUUAAGAGAACAUUUGAGAGAAUCAAUUAAAAAAGAAAACCAAGAGCACAAGACGCCGGAAAAUUCAGAGUUAGAAUCGGAGUCGGACAAAGAAGACAACAUGGCCGAUCAAAAAUUUGAAUUUCAACAAAAUGAUAGCUGGGAACUCUUUGAAGAAAAGCUUGACUGCCUGUUUAUUGCCAAGAACAUAACAGAUAACAAAGUAAAAGUGGCCACUCUAGUGACAAAACUAGGGCCAGAGCCACAUGCACUCCUCAAGCAGCUAAUCGCACCAACAAAAAUCAUAGAUAGCAAGUACGAAGAUUUGACAAAGGCGUUAUCGGAACAUUUAAAACCGAAGCCAUCGGAAGUCAUGGAGCGAUGCACCUUUCACACAUCGAAACAAGAAUCUCACGAAUCAAUUAUGGACUUCAUAGCGAGACUAAAAAAAUUGGCAACUCAUUGCAACUUUACAGAAUUAGACAAUGCAAUUAGAGACCAAUUAGUGUGUGGAGUGAGUGAUAAAGAUAUAAGAAUAAAACUAUUUGAAGAAAAAACAUUGACAUUACAAAAAGCGCAAGAAAUAGCGAUAGCGCGAGAAGCGGCAGUGAAAAACGCAACUAAUUCAAAUAUUACGCUAGAAAAUAAAAGCGUUAGAAACGAGGUACACACUAUACAAGGAGACGAGCAGAGAGCAUGGCAACGCAGAGGCCAGCGAGGCAGAGGUAUGCAGAGCAAGGCGGACAGCGACAACAACAAUAAACAGCAGCAGCCGAGUCGACAUUCCACGGAAUCAUCAAGAGCGAAAGAACUAGCUAGAUUAGUCAAAUUAGGUCACUUAAUACAGGUGAACGAAUCAAAGUGGGCAACGCCUAUAGUGCCAGUAUUGAAGGGCACAGGUGAAAUAAGAAUUUGCGGGGAUUUUAAAUUGACAUUAAAUCAGUAUUUACUGAUAGAUAAAUACCCGUUGCAUACUAUAGACGAAAUCUUCGCAAAACUGCAAGGCGUCGACGACAAAAGUGCGGUACUGUUAACGAUAAUUACGCAUAAGGGCUUGUUUAGAUACACAAGAAUACCAGAAGGAAUCUCAUCAGCACCGGCUGACAUACAGCGUAAAAUGGACGAGUGCUUGAGCGGGAUUGACGGUGUUAUUGCGUAUUUAGACAAUAUAUAUGUAUCAGGAAAGACUGAGGAAGAGCAUUUAGAAAAUCUAAAAAAAGUGUGUCAAAGAUUGCAAGAUUGCAACUUUAUGAAACAGCGUAUUGAUGUAUUGGGAUUUGAAAUAGACAAAGACGGGCUGCAUAAAUCAAAAUCAAAAAUCAACGCAAUGAUCGGUAAAGCUAAAGCCGCUUUACCAUUUAUUAAAUAA